GAUACGUUAGAGUUACUGAACUUGAAUCUAGGUAGCGCUUUUGUUGUAAUGGCCGUAAAUACUUCUUAUAAUUUUGCCUGUUAAAUAUUAGAAUAACAUUAAUUUUUUAUCCUAGACAUUCAGAAUGACUAGGCAUGCUAGAAAUUGUACUGCUGGAACUGUUUACACAUACAAUGAAAGAAAGAAAGAUACAUCAGCUUCAGGCUAUGGUAGUAAAGAAGUUAGAUUUGGUAAAGAUUCUGUCAAGGAGUUCGAUUGUUGCUGUUUAACAUUACAACCCUGUAAAAAUCCUGUUGUCACGGCUGAUGGAUACUUGUACGAUAAAGAAGCUAUUUUAGAGUAUAUUAUUCACAAGAAGAGAGAAAUCGCUCGACAAUUGAAAGCCUUUGAAAAACAGAAAGUUAAGUUUGAGAAAGCAGAACAAGGCUUAGUUACAGAAGAGGAAGAAAAAAAGAAACAGAAAUUUAUUAAUGGGGAAGUUAAUCCUAUUGGUGCUGACAAAAUAAAUGUAAAAGAUGAUGCUGGAACUAGUCUAAGUAACAUGAAAAAUGGUAAAGAUAAACAAUUACCUAGUUUUUGGAUUCCUAAUUUAACUCCUUCAGCAGAACCAACUAAAAUUAAAAAACCUGAUGAGAAGGUACGAUGUCCAAUGAGUGGGAAACCAAUCAAAUUGAAGGAUUUAAUAGAUGUAUAUUUCACUCCAAUUAAAGAUGGCGAUUCAAAAACAUCACUAAUUGCCAAAACGGCAAGAUAUGUAUGUGCUGUAACAAAUGAUGUUCUUGGGAACUCUGUGCCUUGCGCAGUUCUUAGAACCUCAGGCAGUGUUGUCACUGUGGAAUGUGUUGAAAAGUUAAUUAAGAAAGAUAUGUUAGAUCCUAUCAAUGGAACCAAAAUGAAAGAAAAAGACAUUAUUUAUUUACAGAGGGGAUCAUCAGGUUUUUCUGGAUCUGGUGUGGGACUUGAAGCUAAACUAAAUGGAGCAGCACUUCAGUGUUAAUAUUUAGGAACAUGAUUCAUGAACGAUUAGUUGUUAAUGGCACUUGCUUUAAUCUAUUAUACGAGAUAUAUCACUUUAUAGUUUAUCAAAGAUAUUCUUUUAGAAUAAGAAUAGAAAUUAGAGCAAAUAGCUGGAUAAUUCAAACAUCUACUGCGAAUUGGACAUGUGUACAUAUGGUAACAAAAUCUUUCAGCGUGAUCCAAUGAUUGAUAAUGUAUCUUUAUUUAUUGUACUUUGAAAGGAACAGAGUAUUGUUUGUUGGAUGGAUUCCUUAUUAACAACAAGUACAGUAAUGUCAGCAUGAAUUAAGUGCUUUAAAGGUGGCCUUGUUCGUUCAUGGCAUCUUAUGUCCGCUUCCAACUUGGGUGAUGUUGCAGACAAGUGUUUUCUAAGAAACUUCAGAGAAAAAGACAAAAGUAGGUUUAGACCAGUUUAGGAAAUGUGACCUGUCACCAGAUAAUAUGACAUUUUACAGACAUGUAUUUUGUAUUUAACUUUAGGCAUAGUCAGUGGAAAGAUAAUUUGAUUUACAUAUAUCUGUAUAUAAACACAAUAUCACUCAUUUUAUUUUGUAAAUAAUCUGUAAAUAUUUUAUUGAAAUAAACUGUAUUAAAAAUUU